AUGUUUACCAGCGCUCCUCCAGUGACACCAGUCAACGGACGUCCAGCUGAGUUUGACAAUUUUUCGAUUCUUACGGAUUCCAAUGUCCUGCACGACAUUUCAUCAGAGAGCAUGGCAACUGAUCGAUACAAUGUUGAAAACUUCACCGUUUUCCCAACCCUGGAACUCAGCCUUUUACCUCUGGAGAAUGUUUCUUCUCGCAACAUGGCUCUCUCACUGGACACCAGCAACUACACUUUCUCCUCCUACUACCAACACUCCCCUCCUGUGGCAACUCUUUUUAUUCUAGCCUAUGUCCUCAUCUUCUUUCUCUGUAUGAUUGGCAACAUGCUUGUUUGCUUCAUUGUGUUGAAGAACAAACAGAUGCGAACUGUUACAAACAUAUUUAUCCUGAACCUGGCAAUCAGUGACCUUCUUGUGGGCAUAUUCUGUUUACCAAUCACUCUGGCUGACAACUUGAUAACAGGAUGGCCGUUUAAUGAGGUCAUUUGUAAAAUGAGUGGACUUGUUCAAGGAGCAUCAGUGUCGGCGUCUGUCUUCACACUGGUGGCCAUUGCAGUAGAAAGGUUCCGCUGCAUUGUCUACCCAUUCCAGCAGAAGCUGACCCAGAAACAAGCUAUCAUCACCAUUGCUUUCAUCUGGGCCCUGGCCAUCAUAAUCAUGUGUCCGUCCGCAGUGACCCUCACUGUUUCAAGAGACACCUUCCAUUUCAUGGUGGACAGCGACAACAACACAUACCCAUUGUACACCUGCUGGGAAGCGUGGCCGGAUCAGAGUAUGAGAAAGAUCUACACCGCUGUCCUCUUUUCACAUAUUUACCUCGCCCCCGUCACCCUCAUUGUCAUCAUGUACACUCGAAUCGCCGUCAAGCUCUUCAAGAGUCCUGCUUCCAUCAGGGAUGCCCAGGCAGAAGAUGAGAAUCGUCGCGUCUACAGGAGGAAGAUCAGGGUGGUGAACAUGCUCCUCAUCGUCGCUCUGCUCUUCAUCAUCUCCUGGCUUCCUCUCUGGAUACUGAUUAUGCUCACAGAUUACGGGAACAUGACCUCUGCCCAGCUCAACAUUAUCGGUGUCUAUAUCUUCCCCUUUGCCCACUGGCUGGCAUUCUUCAACAGCAGCGUCAACCCCAUUGUUUAUGGCUACUUCAACGAGAACUUUCGCCGGGGCUUCCAAGCGGCAUUCAAGUUCCAGCUAUGUCUCAUGGAAAUGCCUCAGCCCAGCGACGUACUGGCCCGAAGAAUGGGUGCAUGGAAACAGAACCGCGUUUCUGCCGACGGGCAUCCGGGACAGUCAAGCAUUGAGACGAAUGAAAGGAGGAGGGAGUUCUGCAAUGGUAACAGACAGAACGAGCUUGUCCUAGAGGACUUGGACUGA